CUCUGUAUCCAUCUGCAUACAGGAUAAAGCGUGAGGCAUAUUCGCUGAUCAACCCCACCUUCCAGCGUUCGUCAGAGGAUGUCAAUCUGCUUUUUGAGAUCCUGCUUGCUGGAAUGGAGAUCCAAGGUGGGGAAAUGCUGAUCCCCGAUGAGGAGCUUGCCUCCCUGAGGAGCGUGGAGAAGCUGGAGGUCAUCUGUGAGGACAUCCUGCCCAAGAGGCUUUCCGACAUUCGCCGUCUGAUAGCGGAGCUCUUCCAGCGCCGGCGGCCUCUGAGCUGGCAGGACUUUGAGAGGACGGUGCUGACCCUGGUGUACACCACUCAGACGAUGGCUCGAGUCAGCAGUCCGCAGCAGAAGGAGGCGUGGAUGGACGCUGUGAUACAGCUGUUCAAAGCCGUUCAAAAGGACCUCACACCCCUCUUAAAGUAA